AUGAUCCUAUGGCAUAAUGGAGAACUUGAUGCCAUUGCUGCUAAUUAUCGUCCAGAGAGAGAAAUAGUGAAUAGGCUGAAAAACGCUAAAUGUAAAGUUAGUCCUGCCUCCUAUCUGCCACCUCACCUGGCACAUAUGAUCUCUCUAAUAGAAAGUGGACGGGCACAAAAUCCAGAUGAAAGACCGUCUUUCUUAAAAUGUUUAAUAGAACUUGAACCAGUUUUGAGAACAUUUGAAGAGAUAACUUUUCUUGAAGCUGUUAUUCAGCUAAAGAAAACAAAGUUACAGAGUGUUUCAAGUGCCAUUCACCUAUGUGACAAGAAGAAAAUGGAAUUAUCUCUAAACAUACCUGUAAAUCAUGGUCCACAGGAGGAAUCAUGUGGAUCCUCUCAGCCCCAUAAAAAUAGUGGUUCCCCUGGAACUUCAAGGUCCCUGUCAGCUCCUCAAGACAAUGAUUUUUUAUCUAGAAAAACUGAAGACUCUUCUUUUAUGAGGCUGCAUGACUAUUCAGUAAAUCACAGUUGGGAUAGUACCAUUUCUGCAUCUCAAAGGGCCACAUUCUGUGAUCACAAGACCAUUCCAUGCUCUUCAGCAAUAGUAAAUCCACUCUCAACUAGAGGAAACUCAGAACGUCUACAGCCUGGUAUAGCCCAGCAGUGGAUCCAGAGCAAAAGGGAAGACAUUGUGAACCAAAUGAUGGAAGCCUGUCUUAACCAGUCACUAGAUGCCCUUCUGUCCAGGGACUUGAUCACGGAAGAAGACUAUGAACUUGUUAGUACCAAGCCUACAAGGACCUCAAAAGUCAGACAAUUACUAGACACUACUGACAUCCAAGGAGAAGAAUUUGCCAAAGUUAUAGUACAAAAGUUGAAAGAUAACAAACAGAUGGGUCUUCAGCCUUACUCGGAAAUACUAGUGGUUUCUAGGUCACCAUCUUUAAAUUUACCUCAAAAUAAAAGCAUAUAA